AUGGGCUGCUCGAAAGGGACCAGGCUUGCGGCAGGGGAUGGUGCCGGCGAACCGGGGACAGAGGCUGAGCCCACGGACGUGGACGAACCGCUGGUAGACUCGUACACGAAGGCAGCCGGUUCGCUGAUCGACGCGGGCGAAGAGGCCGCCGACCCAGCGGCCGGAGACGACGAGGGCCGCACAGAAUGUGCGGCAUCAGAAGGCGCUAAGCCUCGGAGGCGUCGCGAAGCCCGGGACGCUGCAGGCGGCGGGGAACCCGAGGACGACGAAGAAGUGGUGGUAGAGCUGCUGACGUGGCGCACAUGCCGGGCAGGCGUGCACGCACGAGCGGCGGCAGAAAGCCCAGCCUGGUCGACGUGGCAUCACAGGACGGUGAGCAGUGAUGAAGGCAGCGGUGACCACGUCAUCGACCACAAGGACGACGCCUACGACGAAGGCGGCGAUCCGGGCAGCAGUGAAAGCAGCAGCCAGAGUGAAGAGGAAGAGGCAGUUGGGCGAGUGUUUGGCAAUCCACUGGAGGACGACAACGAUGACGAGGCGGAAAUGAGCGACGACGACGGCGACGAGGUCGUCAAGCAGAAGACUUCAUCCUCCACGCCCUCGCCGUUGCCCUCGAAGGCUCACCGACGCACCGAGCGGUCGGUGCCCGUGACCGGAACGCUGCUUCCUCCUCCUCGCAGGCCGUGGAAAGAGCAUGGGAAGGAUUUCGGCCUGCUAGUUCCCGAGGACCGUUGGUCAAAGCAUGUGGCGGCCAAGCGACGCGAGGCUCAACUCAUUCGCCGUAACCUUCAGGACCAGCUGAGGAUGAAGGCGCUGCAGUGGAGGCAGAAGGAAAACCACUUCCACCGGCGCUACAAGCCAGCGAUUCCAGCUGGAACCAUCUAACCGCUCGCACAUGUGUGUGCUUAAACUUUGUACUGAUCCCAAAUACACCCGAAAGGGUGCCAAAACGGUGCUGCUGAUACCCUUCACAGCAGCACACCACCAAACUUCACGAUUUGGCAUCUUUACUUACGCAUUUUCGUUACAAGACCGUAAUCAUGACCACUUGUGCUGGGCAUGCCCUUUCUUUGCUGCAGCAUUUUUGUGUUCCCCUUCAAUCAAAGUACUACACUGCUGCUUGCCAUAGCACUGCUAUGAGAUCCUAAGCUCCAACUCGACGCACUUUGUUUUUUCACUAAGUGUAGAAUCAUCAUCACUUGAGUGAAAGAGAUGCUGCCUUUCAGAUGUACCGACAAUUCCAAAGAUUCCAAGAUGCUUGAUAGGCGUUAUCUCCAGUGCUUGCAAGCGAACGCUGACCGCAGUUGGUAUCAAAAACAUGAUGCGAGAAAUGUUGGGCGUUCUGAUAAACGUGCACUGAUCAUUUCAGCCCCAUGCAGAAGAGAUACCUACUGUAUGUAUACCAAGGUUGAGCAUUCAAUGAAGGAUUGUUGAAGACAAUGGAUGUUAGCAUACGGAUGAUGGCAAAGCAUUUGCUGCUGAGGGAGCAGCACGAAAGAAGCUGAAGAAAGGCAGCUUUACUAGAAAGUCAACUUUUGUAGCGUGAAAAAACAGCAACCAUCAGUAACAUGUGUUGAUGCUUAUUAUGACCAUUGUUCAUAGCACGAAGAGCUUGCACUGUAGUGCAUUCCUCUACACCAAUAAAGACUAGCAAAGCGGUAUCAUUGUAAUGCACUUCCCAAUAGAAUGCCUGGCAGCCUUCGUGCCAUGUUUUAUUAUGUAGCUUAAUGUUAACAGUAUACCAUAAAGUAUACAGAG